AUGCUAAUGCUGAACGAAUACUAUCUUACUGGUCAUUUACCGCAAAAUAUUUGCAUUGGUAGAUCUCUGACAAGAUUUGUAGUAUCUGAAAAUAACUUUGGGGGUGCCAUGCCAAGGAGCUUGAAAAACUGUUCUAGUUUACGAGUUAUCAAUGUUGCUGACAACCAACUAUCAGGAAGUAUCUCUGAAGAAUUUGGCGUCUAUCCAGAUGUGGAAUUCAUUAAUUUAAGCAAUAAUGAAUUUUUUGGUCAAUUGUCAUGGAAUUGGAGUGGCUAUCUGACUUUGACAGUAUUGGGGAUCUCGAACAUUAAUCUUUCGAGUAGAAUACCAACUGGCCUCUCAGGCAAUAUACCAUCAGAAAUUGGUCAGAUGUUUAUACUUUUAAAUCUUAGUUUGUCGACCAAUAAUCUUAGUGGCUCAAUUCCAGAACAAAUAGGCAAUUGCACCCAGUUGCUGGAUUUAAACUUGAGCCAAAAUGCACUCAUCGAUAGUAUUCCUUCUCAAACAGGAAAUCUUCCCUCAUUUGCAACUCUGGAUCUCAGCCAAAACAUGCUGGACUCCAAAUUGCCACCAGAGUUAGGUGAGAUGAAAAGCAUUGAGACAAUGAAUCUUUCGCAUAAUAGGAUAUCAGGUUUCAUCCCAAAAAGCUUUGAUCAUUGCUUCAAUUUGAUUUCCGUUGAUAUAUCCUACAAUCAAUUGGAAGGUCCUCUUCCGAACACUAGUGCAUGUCAAAAAGCUCCAUUUGAUUCCCUGAGAAACAAUAAAGGUUUAUGCGGCAAUGUUGCUGGAUUGAAUCCUUGCUCUCAAUCAACUGAAAAGAAGACUAGUAGAAGGCCAACUAAAAGAAUGAUCUUUCUCAUUGUUGCUCCAAUACUAGCAACCAUGUUUCUUUUGACCAUGGUUGUUGGCAUCUUCAUUCGUGCAAGGUCACAUACGAGAAGUGUGGAGAAUAAGCCUUGGGAAUUUACCAGAAAUAUGUUCUCUGUCUGUAGCUUUGAUGGGAAAAUGGUCAAUGAGAACAUCAUUGAUGCAAUAGAGAAUUUUGCCCCCAAGUAUUGCAUCGGAGCAGGAGAAUUUGGAAGUGUAUUUAGAGCAGAGUUGCCAAAUGGUCAAGUGGUUGCUGUCAAGAAACUUCAUGGAACGGAUGGUGGCACCUUGAGGAGGCCAAAAGAAUUUGCCAAUGAGAUCCGUGCACUAACAAAUAUAAGGCAUCGCAACUUCGUGAAGCUGUAUGGAUUCUGUUCACAUGCACAAUACACCUUCUUAGUUUAUGAAUUCUUGGAAGGGGGAAACUUGCUGCACUUUUUGAGCAGUGAUAAAACAGCAGCCAGUGACAUGGAUGAAUUGAAUUAUGGAGCAUUGGAUGGAGUAUGGGUGAACAUGUUUGACUUUUUCGACAAGAGUGAUCAAGCUAAGAAAUUGUUUGAAAAGUACAAAUUUCGUCCAUUACCGCAUAUGAAGAUGAAAUUGAAGACCAAUUAUAAGUUGGGGUUGAAUGUUGGUUAUAUUGUGACUAAAUUGUUCAUGGAGAUUCAAGCUCAUGAUGGCAUUCGAGAUAACAACAUCAAGAGCUUGGUUUAA